AACAAAUGUAUAACUUUUACUGCAUGAUGUAUAAGUAACGUACAACUUUUGAUGCACAAUGUAUAAGUUGUUUAGUAUAAUUGCUCUAUUAGUAGACGGGAUGAAAUUACCUCUUUGAGACUUUAAAUUUCUGUUACCCAACGGCUGUUUUUAUUUUUAUUUCCCUUUCUCCUUUCUCUCUCUUUCUCUUUCAACUUUGCUUAAAGAAGCUCUUGAUAGUCACAGGAAUUACCUAUUCCAUUCCUUUUUCCAUUUCUCACCACUUUUAGAGAGAGAGAGAGAGUGUGUGUGUGUGUGAGAAAGAAAGGGGAAAAGGAGGGGUUUAGCUUCUUCCUUGAAUUUGAAGACUCUCUUUGAAGAUGUAUGAUUCUUUGAGCCUACUCACUCUUCAAGUUUCUCAGAUUCCAUUCACUUUUACAUUCCUUUUCAAGAAACCCAUUUCCAUUCCACCCCAUAAAUCAUUUUGUUUCUUCUACAAAUCCUUCCAAACUAAUUCACCAUAGAAAUUAACAAAAAAAACCCACUAAAAAUGUUGUCUUUGUUUGUCAUAAUCAUUACACUCUGUUUGUCAAUUCCUUCGUCUGUUUCAACUGAUUUUGAUGCCUUGGUCACUCUCAAACAAGGCUUUGAUUCUAUUCCUUUUGCUUUAGACACAUGGAAUUCCUCUAAUCCUACUUCUAUUUGUUCAUGGGUUGGAAUCAAAUGCUCUCACAACAGAGUAAUUUCACUUGAUUUGUCAAACAUGAGAAUCCAUGGCUCUGUUUCACCUGUUAUUUCGUCUCUCGACACUCUUACUGAGCUUUCCCUCGAUGGCAAUAACUUCACCGGGGAAAUCAAUCUCUCCAAUUUGACAUCUCUCCGGUUUCUAAACAUAUCGAAUAAUGCAUUCAGUGGUGGGUUGGAAUGGAAUUACGCAAACCUGCAAAAUUUGGAAGUCCUUGAUGCGUACAACAACAAUUUGUCGUUUCCACUGCCUACGGAAAUCACGAGCCUCAAGAAGCUCAAGUAUUUGGAUUUGGGUGGCAAUUUCUUCUAUGGCAAAAUCCCGGAGAGCUACGGGAAAAUGGUUAGUUUGGAGUAUUUGUCACUCGCCGGAAAUGACCUCCAUGGGAAGAUUCCGGUGGAAUUGGGGAAUCUUACAAAUUUGAAAGAGAUUUACAUGGGUUAUUAUAAUGUGUUUGAAGGUGGGAUUCCGAAGGAAUUCGGGAAAUUAGUCAAUUUAGUUCACAUGGAUCUUUCGUCAUGUGAGCUAGACGGACCAAUUCCACCGGAACUUGGGAAUUUGAUCUCCAUCGACACCAUUUUCCUGCACAUCAAUCUCCUUUCCGGCCCAAUUCCGAAGCAGCUCGGGAAUCUAACAAGCUUGGUGAAUCUUGACCUCUCUGCCAAUGCACUUUCCGGCGAAAUCCCAAAUGAGCUUGGAAAUCUCAAAAAUCUUAAGCUCUUGAAUCUAUUUAUGAACAGAUUACAUGGGUCCAUACCGGAUUUCGUCGCAGAUUAUCCAGACUUGCAGAAACUUGCUCUCUGGAGUAACAAUUUCACUGGUGUGAUCCCAGAGAAUCUUGGUCGGAAUCGGAAUCUUCAAGAGAUCGAUUUGUCUUCUAAUAAGCUCACUGGUACCAUUCCUCGUGAUCUCUGUGCCUCUAAUCAGCUAAGAAUCUUGAUUCUCCUCAAAAAUUUCUUGUUUGGAUCGAUUCCAGAGGAUUUGGGUACUUGUUCAACACUUGUUAGAGUGAGAUUAGGGGAGAACUAUUUGAAUGGUAGUAUCCCCGACGGAUUCAUUUACUUGCCGGAGUUAAAUCUACUGGAGUUGCAGAACAACUAUUUGUCCGGUAAUCUGUCAGAUAACAAGAAUCCUUCUUCAAGACCUGUUAAACUAAGCCAGCUAAAUUUAUCAUAUAAUCAACUCUCGGGUACCUUACCACCUUCCCUUUCAAAUUUCUCUUCCCUCCAAAUCCUUUUACUCGCCGGAAACAAAUUCUCCGGUCCAAUUCCGGCGACAAUCGGCCAACUCCACCAGGUAUUGAAGCUUGACCUAAGUGGGAAUUCCCUUUCUGGCGCAAUCCCACCGGACAUCGGAAACUGUGUUCAUCUCACUUACCUUGACUUGAGCCAAAACAAUCUCUCCGGCUCAAUUCCACUCGAAAUUUCAGAUAUCCGAAUUUUGAACUACUUGAACGUGUCGAGAAACUGCCUGAGUGAUUCCAUUCCGAAGUCCAUCGGAACCAUGAAAAGUCUCACAAUUGCCGACUUUUCUUUCAAUGAUCUCACGGGUAAACUACCCGAAUCCGGUCAAUUCACGUAUUUCAAUGCUUCUUCGUUUGCGGGCAACCCUCAACUUUGUGGCCGAUUGUUGAACAAUCCUUGCAAUGUUAGCGGAAUUAAAGAUUCCGCUAACAAAAAGCCUGGGAGGUUCAAGCUUAUAUUCGCGCUUGGCCUUCUUAUCUGCUCUCUAGUUUUUGCAGUUGUUGCUAUGGUCAAAGCCAAGACAUUUACAAAAUCGGGUACAAAUACUUGGAAAAUGACAUCCUUCCAAAAGCUCGAAUUUACAGUUUCUGACGUUCUUGAAUGCAUUAAAGACGGUAAUGUAAUUGGCCAAGGCGGGGCGGGAAUCGUCUACCACGGUAAAAUGCCUAGUGGGACCGAAAUUGCAGUUAAAAAGCUAGUUGGUUUUGGAAACACGACUCACGACCAUGGAUUUAGAGCAGAAAUCCGAACCCUAGGCAACAUUCGACAUAGAAACAUUGUAAGACUAUUGGCAUUUUGCUCAAACAAAGACACAAACCUUCUUGUGUACGAGUACAUGCGAAAUGGGAGCUUAGGAGAGGCAAUACAUGCAAAAAGUAAAGGAGGGAGUUUAGGGUGGCGUUUAAGGUACAAGAUAUCGAUUGAAGCAGCUCGAGGACUCUGCUACCUUCAUCAUGAUUGUUCACCGUUGAUUGUGCAUCGAGAUGUGAAAUCGAAUAAUAUCUUGUUAAAUGCGAGCUAUGAAGCUCAUGUAGCUGAUUUCGGGCUCGCAAAGUAUUUAGUCGAUGGUGGUGCAUCUGAAUGCAUGUCUGCGAUUGCGGGUUCAUAUGGUUACAUCGCACCCGAAUAUGCUUACACUUUAAGAGUGGAUGAAAAGAGCGAUGUUUAUAGCUUUGGAGUUGUGCUGCUUGAACUGAUCACUGGGAAGCGACCAGUAGGAGGAUUUGGCGACGGUGUAGAUAUUGUACAAUGGGCUAAAACAUUAACCAGAUGUCGUAAAGAAGAAGUCGGUUGUAUCAUCGAUUCCAGACUGGCUAAUGUUCCUCAAGAUGAAGCGAUGCAUUUGUUCUUUAUCGCUAUGUUAUGUAUUCAGGAAAACAGUGUUGAAAGACCGACAAUGAGAGAGGUUGUUCAAAUGCUCUCAGAAUUCCCACGAGACUCAACUCACACUCAAACAUCGUCAUCUUCAGUUGUUUAUCUUCAACCCAAGAAACUUGAUAAAGAUAAAACUUACCCAAAGGUUGGACAAGAUCUUUUGGUUUAGAAAUAUGGGUUUUGUUUGGAUUUUCCAAAUUCGCUUUUGUUAAUAACAUGAAAUGUGCAAAAGGGUGUCAAAAUUUCGCUCAUGUGCUCCUUUAUGGAUUAGAGUAUAGAAAAUCAGGGGUAAAUUAGUAAAUGUAGUCGGGUACUCACGGUGGCCUUUUGACUUUUGAGUAGGGUAGAUAUAAGAGAACCUUUGCAGUCUUGAUGUGUAUUCUUUUUGUUAAUAUGCAUGCGAAUGUAUGUAUUAGUAUUUUAUGUGCCUUAAUGAAACAAUGAAAAUCAAUAUUA